UGUAAACUUACAAGAUGGUCGCGCAACACGUUGUAGUUCUUGGAAUUCGUGUUCGAUAAUGUUCCAGCAAUGAUCUGUUUUACCGUUAUUUGAAAGAGCCGUGAUGGCGGAAGAGGAUAAGGAAGAUAAUCUUUCCAAGCAGAUAGAUGAGAUCGAAGUGUUGACAUCCAUAUAUGGUGAUGAGUGGCACGUUGAAGAUGAGGCUAUCCGUCACUACUACAUCGACAUACAAGGUGACAAGGAAUCGGGGAACUUACAGCUCAGGCUCUCGGUGAUUCUGCCCGUGGAGUAUCCGAGUGGAGCUCCCCCCCAGUACCGUGUCAACGCUCCCUGGCUGAGAGGUGAAAGUCGCAUGCAGCUGGAAAAUGCAUUACAAAAUAUAUACCUGGAGAAUCUGGGAGAGAGCAUCCUGUAUUUGUGGAUAGAGAGGACGAGGGAAUUCCUUCAAGAACUGACUCAGGCAGGCGACGGAGCUACAGCAGGAGUGAUUGACACGCCCACAGUGUCUGCGGAGUCGUUGUCGGAUGACCUGGUCUCGGCGUGGACGGACCCCUCCCAGGGUGACGGGGCAGAUGGGGCUGGGGUAGGACAUGAGUGGGAUAAGGAGGCGACAGGGGAGACUACUCUGUCACAGUUCAUGAAGAAGAAACCUGCAGAGGAAGCCCCCUGCCCAGUCAUCUACCACAGUGAAUUCUUGUGGGAUCGGAAAAGCAAGUUCCAGUCUCAUCUGGCGGCAGUUUUCAAAAAGGAAGAGAUAGAGCUUGUGAGGAAUAAGUUACUGGAGAACAGGAAGAUAGCAGCAGCUACCCACAACAUCGUGGCCUACAGGAUCCGAGUCCCCAACUCGGACAUCAUGUACCAGAGCUGUGAGGACGACGGAGAGUUCGGAGCUGGACAGAGAAUGCUGCAUCUCCUCAAUAUUCUGAAUGCGGAGAACGUGAUGGUGGUGGUGACUCGGUGGUACGGUGGCAUCCAUCUCGGCCCGGACAGAUUCAAGCACAUCAAUAACCUCUCCAGGGGGAUCCUGCUGGAGCACGGCUACGUGAAGGAGAAGGAGGACAAGAAAGGCCCCCGGACGAGCAAGAAAAGGUGACACUCCACAAGAUGGCCGUCUGUCUUGGUGAAGAUCCUAACUAUUGUACAGGAUUUUUUUUAAGACUAUUUGUGCAAGAGCUGUCCAUAUUUAAGGCUUCAUUCCCCACUGAAGCAUGUGAUAUUUUAUGAAACAUUUGUAAAUAAUAAAUGGAUGUGUCAAAAGCAUGCUCAUCAUUUCCAAACAUGAACCUUAUUGUUUCAGUGAGAACUUCAUUAUCACAAUGUGUCCUUUGGUUCUGCUGUAUUCAGUCAUUCUCGUGUGUUAUACCCAAUUCCCAUCGAUUCUCGUGGUAAAUAUACGUCUUCUUCAUUUCAUAGAGGGCAUGUAUAUUGUUAUACUAGCAUUCAGAUUUGGAAAUGCUGUGAGAACUUUUGACACAUCCCCCUAGUGAAGGAUCUGAACAUCAAACAUGUUUUAUUUGAUAGGAUAGGACAAAGUUUGAAACAUAAGAUUGAAAUAUUAAUAUCAAUAAGUUUUUAAUAUAAUAUUAAGUAGGAUGGAUGAUGUAGUUCUUUUAAGGUAUUAGUAUUCUUUUAAUAUGUAUAUAGAUUGAUUCUUGUUUAUCGGAAUAUUUGUUUUAAUUUAUCUUUUAAUGCAUAUGAGCUGGUUUCACCUGUGCAACAAGAAACACUAUUUACAGUAUCAUGUCUCGUAUCUACAUGUUCAUGGUUCUUUUGGUUGUCGGCAAUUUGAAAUUAUUUCCUAUAUACUUGUGAUAAUGUACUUAAAAGUUAAACUAUCAUGUCCUUCUUGUGAAAGUGUGAUACUAGAUGAAGGUUGCCACUCUUCAACCUUCAAGAUUCCAUCCUUCAUUGACGCAAGUUUUACAGCUUGACUAUUGACAGAGUUUGAUGAAGCUGGUCUGUGUUGUCAGCUGUGUUAUCACUUACAUGACCUCUCGGCAACUUGUUCUGGUGUCCCCCGCCGUGAUAUUGCUGGAAUAUUGCUAAAAGCGGCAUAAAACCAUACUCACUCACUCUAGGCAACUUGGCCAUGUUACCAUGGUUACAGGUAUUAUUUGUACAUUUCAGAUUUACGGAACAAAUAUG